AUGGGGGGAGUGCGACAGCCGCUGGAAAGAAAGCCAGGUUGGGAGAGGAGACAGUAGCAGGACCGUGGGGUUGGGUCCGGGGUACGGCGAGCCCCAGACCUCCACGCGCACCCCUAGAAAACCUACGGAAAACUUGCCCGGAUGACUAGUGGGGGGGCUGACGACACGUGACCUGCCUUGACCAAUCCCGGUACUGCUGACGUGGCCGCGCGGCCACGAAACUCUCCCCCCAGGAAGGGAGGGGCCGGGGGUGCCGCCCCCCCCAUCGCUGCAGUUUCCGGGGGGGGGUGACACCCCGGAUUACACCCUCCCCCCCACACCGAGCCGAGGGGAGCAGCAGAGCCCCCGCGGGAGGGUUGCCGGAGCCAGGGACCCAACUGCAGCUGUAGCGUCUUGGAGAACAACAACCAGCAGCCGAUUCCAACUGCCACGCCCCCGCCCGGGCGCAAGACCAACGACGCCCACGUGGCCCCCAUCCCCGUUCUCCCCUCCCCCCUUUUGCCCAUCGCCCGUUCAGUCAGCCAAUAAGAGAGCAACGAAUGGCACUACCCGCCCCGCCUUCACCAAUCGCCUGGCUUGCCAGACAGAUUUGGAGGAGAGGAAGACGACGGCCGGAAGGGAAGGAGCGGUGGGUGUGGGAGACCCCGCUGCUCUGGUAUACCCUCCCUUCCCCCGACCUUCCUCCCGCUCUUGGGUCUCCGGACCACCGUCCAGCCUAUUGGCGCCUGCAGUGGGCGGGCUGUGGCUCCCCUAUGGGCCAAUGUAGCGAAGCUCUGCCUGGUGACUGAAACAGAGGAGGCAGGCCAGUGAUGUCAUUACUGUAACCUACCAAUGGGGAAGUCGCCCGCGGAGGGGCGGGCUUCUAGGCCUCCCUUCCCCCCGUGCGUGUGCGCGCUGGCCAGAAGGGAAGUCGCGAGCACGGUGGUGAGCGGGAGCUGCGGAGCUCCGCCCUCUCCCCCACCCCCCACCCCCGACUAUAUAUAAAGGGCCAGUGCUGAGCUCGGCGGCGCCAUUUCGCGCUGGAGCAGAGCGGCCUGUAGACUGGGGGAGGAGGAUCGGGCCCACAGCUACAGGGGCGGCAGAUCUCUGGAGUUCGCCAUUACAAUCCACAUCCAUCCGUUCGGAGAUCUCCCUUGGCCUGGCCUGGGACCAACCUUGGCGAGUACUGCAGACCCCAUAGAGACCUUCUGAGCUACCCUUUCUUGGGCCCCGCCCAAUACGCCGGGCCUGUCUGCGGCGCCAUCCCGCCCCCUCCUCCGCCCUUAAGAGGAGAUCAAAGAUGGAGUCGUCGGCGCUCUAAUCUGCUCUCGGUGUCUAUCCGCUGCCAUCCGACUCCAGAAGCGGCUUCUAGUCCCUUCGGUCAUCCCCAGCCGAAAGUAAGAAACUGGGACAAGCUGCAUCAGGUCGUAUUUAAUUGACAGUGGUAGAAAUCUGGGCUCUGUUGCUGGGUCCAAAGAAGCUCCCGCUCCGACCCCUAGCUCGUUCGCCCCGACUGUAGGCCGCCGCCAUUUUCUAACCGGCCGCCGCCUGAGCAGCGCGCCGUGGCGCUGAGGCCUCCCCCAGGUGCUGCGGUGAGGGCCGUGCAUUGGUGCCCGACAGGCCGGGGGCGGGGGACGCUCCCCGGGGGGGCCGAGAAGAGCCGGCCCCCCCUCCUGGGUUAUGCAGGGCACGGCCGGACUGGGGCAGAGGGGACCCGAGGCCACCCGGACUUGCUGCGGCUAAGGACGGUGCAGAGCCCCGGACAGCCAGGAUGCUGCAGAACGUGACCCCCCACAGCAAGCUCCCUGGGGAGGGGAAUGCAGGUCUACUGGGCCUGGGCCCUGAGGCAGCAGCCCCAGGGAAGCGGAUUCGGAAGCCUUCUCUGUUGUAUGAGGGAUUUGAGAGCCCAACCAUGGCUUCGGUGCCUGCUCUGCAUCUUCCCCCUGCCAAUCCACCACCCCCUGAAGUAUCUAAUCCUAAGAAGCCAGGUCGGGUCACUAACCAGUUGCAGUACUUACACAAGGUGGUGAUGAAAGCCCUGUGGAAGCAUCAGUUUGCCUGGCCAUUCCGGCAGCCAGUAGAUGCUGUCAAACUGGGCCUGCCGGACUACCACAAGAUCAUCAAGCAACCCAUGGACAUGGGAACCAUCAAGCGACGCCUGGAAAAUAACUAUUACUGGUUGGCCUCUGAGUGUAUGCAGGAUUUCAAUACCAUGUUCACCAACUGCUACAUCUACAACAAGCCCACAGAUGACAUUGUACUGAUGGCACAGACGUUAGAAAAGAUCUUCUUGCAGAAGGUGGCACUGAUGCCAUCUGAAGAGCAGGAACUGGUGGUGACCAUUCCCAAGAACAGCCACAAGAAGGGGGCAAAACUAGCAGCACUUCAGAGCAGCCUCACCAAUGCCCACCAGGUGCCUGCUGUCUCUUCUUUGUCUCACACGCCUUUGUAUUCCCCAUCACCUGAGAUUCCCACCACUGUGCUGAACAUUCCCCAUGGCUCAGUCAUCUCUUCUCCCCUCCUCAAGUCUCUGCACUCCACUGGCACCCCUUUGCUGGCAGUCUCUGCAGCACCUACUGCUCAGCCACUCACCAAGAAGAAGGGUGUGAAGCGGAAAGCAGACACCACCACGCCUACACCAACAGCUAUCCUGGCUCCCGGCUCCCCGGCCAGUCCUCCCGGGGGUGGCCCAGAGCCCAAAGCAGCCCGGCUGCCCCCUACACGCCGGGAAAGUGGCCGUCCCAUCAAACCCCCACGAAAGGACUUGCCAGACUCUCAGCAGCAGCACCAGAGCUCCAAGAAAGGGAAGCUGUCAGAGCAACUGAAACACUGCAAUGGCAUUUUGAAAGAGCUACUUUCCAAAAAACAUGCUGCUUAUGCCUGGCCUUUCUAUAAGCCCGUGGAUGCUUCAGCUCUUGGCCUGCAUGACUACCAUGACAUUAUUAAGCACCCCAUGGACCUCAGCACUGUCAAGCGAAAGAUGGAGAACAGAGAUUACCGAGAUGCCCAAGAGUUUGCAGCUGAUGUGCGGCUUAUGUUUUCCAACUGUUACAAGUAUAAUCCUCCUGAUCACGAUGUCGUUGCCAUGGCACGAAAGCUACAGGAUGUGUUUGAGUUCCGAUAUGCCAAGAUGCCUGAUGAACCAUUGGAACCAGGACCCUUACCUGCCUCGACUGUCCUGCCCCCUGGCUUGGCUAAAUCAUCUUCUGAGUCCUCCAGUGAGGAGAGUAGUAGUGAAAGUUCCUCAGAGGAAGAAGAAGAGGAAGAAGAGGAGGAGGAGGAAGAAGAAACUGAGAGCUCUGACUCGGAGGAAGAAAGGGCCAACAGGUUGGCUGAACUACAGGAACAGCUUCGGGCAGUGCAUGAACAAUUGGCUGCCCUGUCCCAGGGGCCAAUUUCCAAGCCUAAACGGAAACGAGAGAAGAAAGAAAAGAAGAAAAAGCGGAAGGCAGAAAAGCAUCGAGGGCGAGCAGGGGUAGAUGAAGAUGACAAGGGUCCCAGGCUGCCUCGACCGCCCCCACCCAAGAAAUCGAAGAAGGCAGGUGGUGGUGGCAGCAGCGGUCCUGGGGCUGCAGGGCCUCCUGGCUUUGGUCUUCCUGGAAGUGGUGCCACCAGACCCCCAAAGAAGGCAAUGAAGACAGCUCCACCACCACCGACUGCUGCCUAUGACUCAGAGGAAGAGGAGGAGAGCCGGCCCAUGAGUUAUGAUGAGAAAAGACAGCUGAGCCUGGACAUCAAUAAGUUACCUGGAGAGAAGCUAGGCCGUGUGGUCCACAUCAUCCAGGCCCGUGAGCCCUCACUCCGUGACUCAAACCCUGAGGAGAUUGAAAUUGAUUUUGAGACUCUGAAACCAUCCACACUUCGAGAACUUGAGCGUUAUGUUCUUUCCUGUUUGCGCAAGAAGCCCAGGAAACCCUAUACCAUCAAAAAGCCGGUGGGUAAGACGAAGGAGGAACUGGCUCUGGAGAAAAAGCGAGAGCUGGAGAAGCGGCUACAGGAUGUGAGUGGUCAGCUCAAUUCUACCAAGAAGCCCCCCAAGAAGGCAAGUGAGAAAGUGGAGUCAGCGCAGCAAGUGGCAGUGUCACGCCUCAGUGCCUCAAGUUCCAGCUCAGACUCCAGCUCCUCCUCCUCCUCCUCCUCAUCUUCUGAUACCAGUGACUCCGACUCAGGCUAAGGGGCCAGGCAGCAAUGGGGCAGGAGGCUCUGCAGGACCGGAUUCCCCUAGCCCUCUCCAGAGGUUCCCUUUAUUUGGAUCCCCCCUCACUCCAUUCCCCCCAUGUGGGAGAGCUGGCUCUACAAGGGGGGAGGGAUAGAUACAUGGACAGUUCCCCCUGUGGGACUCAAGGGACAGGAGGAGGGGAUUCCCCUUGGGCAGGAAGCUCCCCACUUAAAAAUAGACUGAAGUCGGGGGGAGGGGUCUUGGGUAGGUAGAAGGUUGGGCUAAAGCCUGAGGCCACAACUACCAGCUGCCCACUCCCCUCCAAGGGCCCUGUUUUCUGAAGUUGUUUGUUUUAAUUUAUUUUAAAUGGCAGGGUUGGGGGAGGUGGGGCUGGGGGGUGGGGUCCCCCUAGACUGGGGAGGGAGAUGGGGAGCUUAUUUUUUCUUUUUUUUUUUUUUUUUUACACGUUGACUUUUUUUUUUUCUACCUAUCCCUACAUCCUACUCUGUUGGGGCCCUUGGGGUCAUACCUUCUGUCUCCCCAAGAGGCAUUUUGAGCUAAGUCCUCUCCCUUUUUCGUGUGUCUGUUGAUUCUAACUUGUAAAUAAAGAAAAUACUAUUCAAGUUG